CCUCGUGUUGUUACAUUUUCUUCAGUUAGUUGUUCCCAAUGCCCGCUUACCUCAGUAAACGGCAGUGUAUCAUGUGAACAUUCAGGAAGCGAUAUCAUGUGAUAAAGCACUCUGCACCAUAAUUGUUCUGUCUUCUGUCAACUGUGUGUGCCCGAGAGGGUGAUUGAACCGAAUGGCUCAGCUAAGUCUGAGUUUUUCUGCAGCUUUUUUGCUGCUGAUGAGUUGCCCCUCGUGGUCCAAGUAUGAACCUAAUUGGGAGUCUAUUGAUUCAAGACCUCUGCCGGAAUGGUUUGAUCAAGCUAAGUUCGGCAUCUUUAUCCACUGGGGUGUUUUCUCGGUCCCAAGUUACGGAAGUGAAUGGUUCUGGUGGUUUUGGCAAGGACAGAAGAUCGCAAAUUAUGUUCAGUUCAUGAAAAAGAAUUAUCCCCCUGGAUUCCAGUAUCAAGACUUUGCACCAAUGUUUACUGCUGAAUUUUUUGAUGCUAAGCACUGGACAGACAUAUUUGUGUCAUCAGGGGCAAAAUACAUAGUCCUUACAACGAAACACCAUGAAGGAUACACUCUUUGGGGCUCUAAGUAUUCAUGGAACUGGAAUGCAGUGGAUGUGGGUCCGAAACGUGACCUGGUAGGAGAAUUAUCUACAGCAGUGCGUGAACACAGCGACCUGCGAGUUGGCCUCUACCACUCACUCUUUGAGUGGUUUCAUCCACUCUUUAGGGAGGACGCUGCCAAUGUUUUUAACACCACGUUCUUCCCCAAUUCAAAGACUCUGCCUGAACUUUAUGAGCUUGUCAACAAGUACAAGCCAGAAGUGCUGUGGUCUGAUGGUGAUGGUAAUGCCCCAGACAAGUACUGGAAUAGCACAGGGUUUCUAGCAUGGCUAUACAAUGAGAGCCCAGUGCGUGACACUGUUGUGACAAAUGACCGUUGGGGAUUGAACAGUAUAUGUAAACAUGGAGGAUACUACACCUGCAGUGAUCGGUAUAACCCUGGACACUUGCUGAAACACAAAUGGGAGAACUGUAUGACCAUAGAUAAACGGUCUUGGGGAUACAGACGAGAUGCUCAACUCAGCGAUUUCCUCACCAUAGAGGAGCUCAUAAAAACACUGGUGGAGACGGUAUCCUGUGGGGGUAACUUGCUAAUGAACGUUGGCCCCACACAUGAUGGACGCAUUGCCCCCAUCUUUGAAGAGAGGCUGAGGCAGGUUGGACAAUGGUUGAAGGUUAAUGGUGAAGCAAUUUACAACACCACUGCAUGGAGGGCCCAAAACGACAGCCUUACUCCUGGAGUAUGGUACACAUGGAGACCACAGGAGAAAACAAUCUAUGCGAUCUUCCUUUCCUGGCCAAACACUGGAUAUGUUGUUCUAAAUGAGCCAUUGCCAAAUCAAGGACAAACUCAGGUGGGGCUCCUUGGUUAUCAGCCACUGAAGUGGGAGCCAGCUAGUCCUAAAGGGGUUAAAGUUUUCUUGCCACAGUUAACUGUCAGUCAGAUGCCAUGUUCUUGGGCUUGGACACUGCGACUGACUGGUGCAGCUUAAAUGUGCGCAGUGGUGAUGCAGAGAGCACAUGUGGCAGCCCUGUAACUGUCUAGGUGCUCAGGAAAUGCUGUUUUGUACUGAUUUUGUGCUUGAUUGUAACUGAAAUGCAGAAUUUACAAGGGCCUUGCCAUGUCCCACUGAUGUGAGUGAAGCAUUUAUCAGUAGUUAAAAAAAAAAAAAGACUAAAAAUAACUUUUACUGUGAUUUUACUUCUUUGUUUUCUGAUUCAUUGUGACAACUGAAAAUGGAGUGAUUUUUGUUCUACUAUACAAUGAUCAUGUGCACUCAUUAUAGACAAGUUGUGGAAGCUAUUUUUCAUUUUUCUGUAAAUUAGAUCUAAAGGAAACUUUACCACAUUAUGCACAUGUUUGAUAUAGCAUAAGGGAACGCAUUCAAAUGCACUUUUAAAUUGCGGAGAACUUUUUGAAUGUUUCUUUUUAAUAAUGUGUGUAGGAAUCAAAAGAAAGGGCAAAUACAAAACAUACAAAUCUUUACAAUAAACCUCGGUAUGUCACUGCCUGCACAUACUGAUGCUUACAAAAGCUGCAUAUAGAUUAGUUGUGUGUAACAUUACUGAUGCAGAAACAGAUUAAAAAGUAUACAGAUAUAAGGUAUAAUAAGUACUGG